UGGAUGAAUUGCAGAGUGGAUCCCGCAUACUCUAUCCUCGUGCCGACGUCCACGGACCUCGACUGUCGAUGGUUUGCAGCAAUAUUCAAGCACAAUCAUGCAGCAUUCAGGGAUAUGGACAUGGAUUUUUGAAUCAAAGUGUUAUUAGGGAGCGCGUUUCUGGGCAGAUAACACGGACCUCUCGUGCUUUCAGAGGCGGAAGACUAUUCGGUGGUUGGACGCAUGGGCACUAUCGGCACCGUCAGAUAUAGUUACUACCUGAAUAUCUACUAGCUAGC